AUGCACAACAUCUGCGACGACCUAAUAUUUUCUCAGGGCACAAUAAAGUGGCCGCAAGAGAAGGAUCGUAUACUGCUGGCUCCCUAUGAUUAUCUGGACGGUCAUCCUGGCAAGGACAUCCGCUCUCUCCUUAUCGGUGCCUUCAACGCCUGGCUGCAUGUGCCAAAGCCCAGUCUCGACAUCAUCACAAAAGUAGUCGGCAUGCUGCACACUGCUUCGCUACUGAUAGAUGAUGUCGAGGACUCGUCUGUACUGCGUCGAGGCGUACCCGUCGCACACAACAUCUUUGGCACUGCCCAAACCAUCAACUCGGCCAACUACGUCUACUUUUGCGCUUUGCGUGAGCUUAUGAAGCUGAACAACCCUCAGGCCAUCGAGAUUUACAAUGAAGAGCUGCUCAAUCUACAUAGAGGUCAAGGAAUGGAUCUGUUUUGGAGAGACUCGUUGACCUGCCCCUCUGAGCACGACUACCUCGAGAUGGUCGGCAACAAGACUGGCGGCCUAUUUCGUCUGGCCAUUAAACUUAUGCAAGCUGAGAGCAGCGUCUCAAUCGACUGUGUCCCCUUGUGCAACACUAUUGGUCUGCUUUAUCAGAUCCGAGACGACUACAAGAACCUCUCGGACACAAUUUACACACAGAACAAGGGAUUAUGUGAAGAUCUGACAGAGGGAAAGUUCUCCUUUCCUGUCAUUCAUAGUAUCCGUUCAGAUCCGCAAAACCUAGUUCUCAUGAACAUACUCAAACAAAAGCCGCAGGACGAAGAAAUCAAAAGAUAUGCCGUCAAAUAUAUGGAAAAGACGGGCAGUUUCUCAUACUCGCGCAAAGUGUUGCGAGGCCUUGCAAAGAAGGCUCUUACGCUGGUUGAUCAGCUCGACGAGGGUCGCAACGAAGGCGAGGCAAUCCGGAAGAUACUCGAUAAGAUGCAGGUCGAUGAACCGGAAAGCAUCUCUUCCUCGUCGUCGCCUUAG